AUGUCAACUACUACUCAUCAAACAAGUAGUGGAGUGAUGAAUACUAAUAAUAGUGAUGGACAUGAUGAUCAAUUUGAAAUCAUUGACUUUACUAUUGCAAGUAGUUGGGAGACACUGAUUUCAAAGCUAGAGAAUCUAAUCAUUAAAUGUACAAAAUCAAAAGAGGCUGCUUCAACAUCAUCAUCUGAUGCAACUAUUCAAUAUGAUGGACACUCCUAUCAAUUCAUUUAUAGAUCUCCUUUACCACCAAACUCUUCUUCACCUUCAUCAUCAUCAUCGGCAAGAUCAAAGAAUAAUAAUAAUAUUGUUAAACCAAAUUACUUAUUAUAUAUUAAUAUCUUUGUCGUCUCAUUUAAAGGUUUCAUGGAUGCAAAGAAUGAUUUUAUAAUGUUUAGUACAAUUAAUCCAUAUGCUAGUACUGCACCUGCUGACAGUAUCAAUAGUAUAUCGACACAAAGACAUCAUCAAGUAGAAAACUUUUCAAAUUGGUUUGGAGUUGGACGUUAUUUUCUUUUGUUGGCAUUAAAGGAUAGUGGCCCUGGAUUAUCUGAAUUAUCAACUAUUCUAUCUGCUUUUACUGUUGCUCUUCAUAAUGCUAAUUGUACAAAUAUACCAGCAUUUGUUGGAUUUGAUGAAAAGAGAUUAGAAAAUUUCAUUGGAUAUAUGUAUUCACCAAUGUCAAGAAACAAAGAUUCAAAUUAUUUUACCAUCAAAUUUGCAACUGAAUCUAUCAAUCCUUCAACAUUAAACAAUCAUCAAAACAUUAAUGAAUCAAUUGAAAAACAACUUCGUAUAUUUUAUUCUAAAUUGUCAUCAGAUCCAGAUGAUAGAAAUUGGGAUCAAUUUUUAGCAUUAUCAACUAUAUCAACAAAAUAUACUUUUAUAAAGAGUGAUUGGGAUGAAUAUGAAUGGAGAUAUAUUGAUGAUUUAAAUCAUAACAAACAACAACAAGAUCAACAACAAUCAACAAAUCAGGAUAGAUUGAAUCAAAGUACCGAUGAGGAAGAUGAUGAAGAUGAAGAUGCACCAAUGCCAAAGAUUUUAGAAUCAAUGAGAUUUAGUUGGGGUUUUCCAAUGGAUCCAAUUGAACGUAUGUCUAUAUUGAAAGAUAAUUUAAUAAUCUUUUUGUUAACAAUAUAUUUUAUGAUUUGUUUUUUAGAAUUGGAAUUUUGUGUAAUGUAUCCACCAUUAAAAAGUAUUCAUCUUUUGGAGAAUGAAAUUAGUGGAUUAGAAUCAAAGAGUUGGUUUAUUAAAUCGAUUUUUAGAAAGCCUCAUUCAUCACUUUUCCAAAUGUCAAAUUGUUUGGCCAGUGUAUUUGGUGCAUUUUCAGAAUCUUUAAAGACAACUUCAACCUAUCAAGUAUUGUCAGACUAUAAUAUUCGUAAUAACUUUACAGUCAAUCAAGAAAAAGAAAGAGGUUCAAGUGUUGGAAAUAGUCCAAAUUUAACAGGUCAACAACAACAACCUGGAUUCAAUCAACAACAACAACCACAACAACAGUUACCUCCACAACAACAAUCAUUAAUGAAAUCAAUGGGAUCUAGUUUAUCAAAAUCUUUAAUUGGAACACCAGUAAUACCAAGUGAUCGUGAAAUUGAUCUCAUUUUACGUGAUUUAUUCUUUGAUAAAAAGGAUAAAAAGGAUCCAUCACAUUUUAAUAAUAUUACAGAAGAUCUUUUAAAUAGUUUUUUACCAAAUUAUAAAAAUCCAUCAUUCAAGAGAUGUCCAAUUGAUUCAUUAUUCUUUUCAUUUAGUAUUAUUUGUUUAAACUUUUCAAGUUUGGCAAGUAUUUUAUUAUUUUGGACAGAGUUUAUUGGUGAAAUUAAAUGGCAUUGGGAAAAUUCUUUAUUGAUUCCAAGAACUUUUACCUCUUCUCAUAUUAAUAUGAAUAGUUGUUUAAUUUAUCAACAAUUACAAAUGAUAAAUUAUUGUAUUCAAAAAAAAAUUGAAAAGGAAACAAUUAAUAAUAGUAAAAAUAAUAAUAAUAAUAAUUAUCAAUUUUCAAAAUCUGAAUCAUCAAAGGAAACAAAGGAAAAUGUUGUAGUUUCAAAAUCUGAAGGUUGGGAUGAUGAUGAUUUGGAUUUGGAUGGUAUUGAUGAUGAUGGUAAUACAAUUAAAGAGGAGGAACUAGAGGAAUCAUCAGAUGAAACCAUUGCAAUAGAUGGAGAAAUUCUAAAAGGACAAUACUUGUUAUAUGAAAAUAGAGAAAUUGUUAUACCAAAGACACAAGAAUUUGGUCCAAUGACUGAUGACUUGGUAAAUGAACAGUUGGAGGAAUUGGUCAGAUUGGGUGAUUCUGAAGAGGCAAACGAAAUCAGAUUAAAGAUGCAAACACCAUCCCUUCUCUCUGAUAUGCAAGCCUUCAAACAUGCAAACAAGGGUUGCGUAUUUGAAGACUUUAUUAGAUGGCAUUCAGCAAGAGAUUGGAUACCUUUAAAUAACAAUGAAAACAAACAAGCUGAAAAGCAAGUCGAUCCACAAAUUGAAACCAUUGUAGAGGAAUUUGGAAUUGUCGAGGAUGAAAUCAUGGUGGAUGAAUCAAAUGGAAGAAAACAUUUGACUGGGUAUGGACGAGACGGAAAAUUGAGUGAAAGAAUGAAUCGUAAGAAUAUUUGGAGAAAGACAUGGGUUGAGGCCAAACCAAUUCACGCACAUGAUCAACCUCCACUUUUUGAUUUUAACAAACAUGCCCAAAGAGCAAUUCAAUAUUUAGAAUCUGUUCAUCCUUCAGAUUUAUUAUAUCAAAUUACAAGUGUAAUAUUAUCAUCAUUGGCAAUAAUGUUUUCAACAGAAGUAUCAUCAUCACAUAUUUCAAAUGAAUAUUGUCUUGGAAUGAAUCAUCCUCAUUUGAAACAAUUAAUUGAUAAAUAUAUUGAAUCUUUAAAUUCUCUUUGGCCAUUACAUAUACCAAAAGAAAUUAAAAAGAAUGAAUAUGAACCAAUAUUUAAGAGUAUUCAAGAGAUUGAAAAUUCAUUAUCAAAGUUGACAUCAUUAAAAUCCAAGUUUAGAAAACAUGAUCGAAUCAUAAACAAUUUGUACAAUCAAGGAUACAGUGACAUACGAGAAAGCGAACACUCAUUUGUUUCCAAUGUCAUUUUUGGAAUGUAUCAGGAUGCUUCUACCACUCGACCAAGUGUAAAGGAAUAUAUCACACGAAGUUAUGUACCAAGACCAUUCAGCGAUUCUCAAAUGAUGCCUCAUAGAAUGUAUACUUCUCUUUCUCCUUUUGAAUGUCGUGUAUCUACCAUCAUAUCAGAAGAAGACCAAUUCUAA